GCUGGUAUUGCAGCCCCCAUGGCAGGAAGUAGCAUGGUAUCGGAGUGAGCCUGGGUGGGAUUCGUCACACGCUGAAAUCUCACCGACCCCGAACCAUGCAAUGGCCGUACGCCGACAGCGGGCUGAGCGAAGUGCUGCCGCGGGACCUGGGCUCACUCUUCUCGGAUAUAUACACCGAGGAGACCCGCUACAGGUUCUGCGGCCGCGAAAUGCGCAUCACCGAGCACUACGGCGCUAACCUGGGGGUGGCCGCUCCGGUGUGGGAUGCGGUAAGUAUCGGGAGAUUUACUAACAGAUACUCAUGGGUACGGGGACCGUGCACGGCUGGUUGCCGAGUCCUGCAUGGGAUCAAAAUGCAUUCAGGACGGCUGGGUGCCGAGUUUGGGAUGGGAAAAGAGCGUGGCUUUAGAAGGGCUAGCUGCCGAGUCCUUGGUGCAUGGGAUUAGACUGCACUCAACAAGGCUGGCUGCAGAGUCCUACAUAGGAUCAGACAGGUAUUCAGUAAGAAAGGCUACCAUCAGACAGGUAUUCAGCAAGAAUGGCUACCAUCAGACAGGUAUUCAGCAAGAAUGGCUACCAUCAGACAGGUAUUCAGCAAGAAUGGCUACCAUCAGACAGGUAUUCAGCAAGAAUGGCUACCAUCAGACAGGUAUUCAGCAAGAAUGGCUACCAUCAGACAGGUAUUCAGCAAGAAUGGCUACCAUCAGACAGGUAUUCAGCAAGAAUGGUUACCAUCAGACAGUGUAUUCAGCAAGGAUGGCUACCAUCAGACAGGUAUUCAGCAAGAAUGGUUACCAUCAGACAGUGUAUUCAGCAAGGAUGGCUACCAUCAGACAGGUAUUCAGCAAGAAUGGUUACCAUCAGACAGUGUAUUCAGCAAGGAUGGCUACCAUCAGACAGGUAUUCAGCAAGAAUGGCUAUCAUCAGACAGUGUAUUCAGCAAGGAUGGCUACCAUCAGACAGGAAUUCAGCAAGAAUGGCUACCAUCAGACAGUGUAUUCAGCAGGAAUGGCUACCAUCAGACAGGAAUUCAGCAAGAAUGGCUACCAUCAGACAGUGUAUUCAGCAGGAAUGGCUACCAUCAGACAGGUAUUCAGCAAGAAUGGCUACCAUCAGACAGUGUAUUCAGCAGGAAUGGCUACCAUCAGACAGGAAUUCAGCAAGAAUGGCUACCAUCAGACAGUGUAUUCAGCAGGAAUGGCUACCAUCAGACAGUGUAUUCAGCAGGAAUGGCUUCAGCAGGAAUGGCUACCAUCAGACAGUGUAUUCAGGAAUGGCUACCAUCAGACAGGAAUGGCUACCAUCAGAUCAGUGUAUUCAGUAGGAAUGGCUACCAUCAGACAGUGUAUUCAGCAGGAAUGGCUACCAUCAGACAGUGUAUUCAGCAGGAAUGGCUACCAUCAGACAGUGUAUUCAGCAGGAAUGGCUACCAUCAGACAGUGUAUUCAGUAGGAAUGGCUACCAUCAGACAGUGUAUUCAGUAGGAAUGGCUACCAUCAGACAGUGUAUUCAGUAGGAAUGGCUACCAUCAGACAGUGUAUUCAGUAGGAAUGGCUACCAUCAGACAGUGUAUUCAGCAGGAAUGGCUACCAUCAGACAGUGUAUUCAGCAGGAAUGGCUACCAUCAGACAGUGUAUUCAGCAGGAAUGGCUACCAUCAGACAGUGUAUUCAGCAGGAAUGGCUACCAUCAGACAGUGUAUUCAGCAAAGAUUUCUACCAUCAGACAGUGUAUUCAGCAAAUGGCUACCAUCAGACAGUGUAUUAGCAAGAUUUCUACCAUCAGACAGUGUAUUUAGCAAAGAUUUCUACCAUCAGACAGUGUAUUUAGCAAAGAUUUCUACCAUCAGACAGUGUAUUUCAGCAUCAGCUGGCUACCAUCAGACAGUGUAUCCAGCAAAGUCCUGCGUGGGAUCAGACAUCCAGCAAAUGGCUGCCGAGUCCUGCAUCUGACAGUGUAUCCUCGAGAUCAGACUGUGUAUCCAGCAAAUGGCUGCCGAUGCAGACAGUGUAUCCAGCAAGCAGCGUGGCAUUUGCUGCUGUGUGCACAUCUGUGUUCACAUGACUCACAGCAACAGGGCUGUCUAGAGACUAAAUCAAAAAUGACAGCAUUCAUUUAUAGCAGCUCUGUCUGUCUAACUCCCUGUCAGACAUGUGUACUUUACUGUGUGAUACUUUAACAUACGAUUACGUAAUGCUUUUUUGCAGAAUUUGACGAUUACUUAAGGUGUGGGAAUUGGUCAUGCUAGAGUCUAGACCUAUCCCAUGCCAAGUCUCUAUUUACAACCUAAUGUGAUCUUCUGUUUCUGUGUGCCUCACAUUCUAACAAUUUAUUGAUUACAUUAAGUCCCAUUACUUGAAUUGAACUGUCUGGUAUUUUCACACCGUGAAACUUCAACUAACCAAAUUUAAAAUCUUCCAUUAUGCAUUAUAUGCUGUGUAUUACUAGAGAAAGGGAGGAAAGUAUUUAACGAGAAUGAGGGGGUUUGCCAUUCAAUAAUUAUCAUUUGGCACCGUGAAUAUAUACCACCACUAUAUUUUACUACAAGAUAUAUUUACUUAUAAAUCUUUACAGACCCUUUAUAAUGAAAAUAUAUUCUGCUGCACAUAGAAUCCUUAUGUGCAUUUUUACAUUUGUUUUCUAAAUUACCAUUCUGAUUUUUAAAUAAAUUCUAAUAAGCUUAGGGUACUGAGCAGGUAAAUCAACCGAAUGGUUGCUAUAACAUUGUUUUGCAAAGGUGUAGUUUAAAACCCAGUAUACAAGUAAUUUAACACCAAGACAUGGUACGGAAUAUUUUAAUAUCCAGGAAGAAAUACAAUUUUAUCCAUCCAUUUUGUAGAACUAAUCAUGGAUAUGUAGUUUUAAUGAUAAAAAGGAAUGCACACAAAAAUGCUGCAUAUUUUGUCAUUCAGUCUUUUUUUAUAUAUACUGUCAGUGCUUAUUAAUAAGAAAUGACCGUUAAAUGACCGUUAGGGUUACUGCAAGCACCAUACCCACUACAGCGCUAGCACAGUUCUCUGGUUAGGUGCAAACCGUUUAGCAGAAGUUGGCCUUGUUACUUGGGUUCCUGCCAGGCUUCUGUACUCUCUGAAGGUCCACUGGCGGGCUUUCAGCUCCUGCUGGCUGCAGAAGCUGGAAGUCAUGGCGGUUGAAAGUCAUUGGCUGAGAGCGUCAGUUGACUGAUGAUGACACCCCUACGAUGCUGCCAGAGUUGGAAUUACACUUCCAGCAGAACAGUGGUAAAACUUUGUAUGUGCAGCAUUUCAAAGCAAAAAGCUGCACAUACAGACUCAUGCACCAUGACCACUUUAAAUCAAUGAAGUGGUCAUGGUGCUUGGAGUAACCUUUAAAUGUACACAUAAAUGCACAAUGUAUUAUGAUAUUCUACUCUUAACCUGAAAUUAUGAGAGAUUUUACCAUCUUGCCUAUUAUAGGGGUUGGGGGUAAAUACAGACUAUUUGCUCAAAGUAUGAAUUGGAAACAUAAAAUAAGCAAUAUUACAUUUAAAUGCAUAUGGGAAAUAAAAGAAAAUCCCAAUAUAACCCUCAACAAUAAACCAUAUCAUGUAGAGUUUACAUUCUUAUUGAACAUGUAUUUCCCUGUUUGUUUUUUAGGGUUUUUUUUUUUGUCUUUAGAUGUUUAGAUGUAUAAAAUGUGUUUUAAAGGGGCACUUCAGGCACCAAAAGAACUUGAUCUAAAUGAAGUUGUUAUGGUGCAAGGAGGCCACCCUUACCUUGAGGGGUUAAACCAUACUCAAACUCUGCAGUUUGAGAAAAGCAAUGGUGGAUACACUGGGGUUAAACAGUUUGAGAAAGGUUUUUACCCCUUGAGGUAAGUGUGCCUGGCUCUAUAACAACUUAAUUAAGAUGAAGUUGUUAUGGUGCCUUAUGCUUUCUCAGCUAGCCCUUUAACAGUGAAGAGAUGACAUUUAAUGGACUUUUUUUUUUUUCUUUCUCUCUUCUCCAUUCUAGGCACUUGUUUUUUGUAAUUUUAUUGAGGAACAGAAGCUGAAUUUCAAAGGAAAAAAAGUUAUUGAACUGGGAGCUGGAACUGGAAUUGUGGGAAUUCUGGUGUCUUUGCUGGGUACGUUAUGGAUAUGUUUACAACACAAUGUUGUACACAUCACUAAGUAUUGUCUUCUUGUAUUGAUUAAGUUAAUCUAGAACCACAGAGAAUCCACAAGGGAUUCACAAUUAUUAAGCAAAACAGGAAAAUAUUCCAACUUAUUUUUGCUUAAACGUACACACCAAGCAGAAGUGAUCUUACCCCCCACUUCCCUAUUGCCAGCAGUAAAUCCAUUUUAGAACAGUUUGAGGUCUAACCUUAGGUCCAUUCCCUGCCUCCACUACAGCCUCAGGUGAGCAAGAACUUCCUUCUUAGAAGUGUCUGUUAGCUGUCCUGCACACCCAGGCUUAGCUCAGACCAAAAGCAAAUGUAGUUUGUUCGUACAGAAUACAUGUUUAUUUGCAUGUAUUAGCAUAGUAACCCCUGGUCAUAUUGCUCCAAUAGAGCCGUAAUCUUUGACUUGUUUUUAAUUGGUGUUUUUUAAUACAGAACUCCGUAUAUGUUAAAAGAACACUAUAUCGUUAGAAAAUCAAACCUAUUCCUAAUGCUAGUGUGUUCCAUACCUAUUUAGGGGCCAGCCCCCCUUUGUUGGCUUUAAAAGGUAAGUUGUACUUACAUUAUGCAUGCCGCUUGUCUCGCGAUGGCUUUCUUGACUGAGAUAAUCAUGAUCUUGAUGAUUUCAGCCAAUCCUGUACUUCACCCUAGGGUAGCAUUAGGAGGCUAGUGCACAUGCACAGCAAUACACUGUACUGCACCAAUCACGUGCUCUCUAUGACAAGCAUUUGCCUGAACUUUAUUAUUGCAGUAGAAGCUCCUCUACUGACUGUCAUGAAACAUUGCAGUAUCGCCAAAAUGGCAGUGUUUUACAUUGCAGAGAUAAAAGGACAGGGCCACUGGCCUGAAGUGAUCUGGAUGCCUAUAUAGUGUGCAUUAAAUUAUCUUAUGGAAUCUAGUAAAAUUCCAGCCACAAUAACUUUCAUGGUUGAAAUUUCAUUUACCAAAAGUGUUUUCUAUGUGGUUCAAUACAAAUCCAUUCACGUGAGAUUUAAUCCUUUUUAAAGAUGUUUCCCAAAGCACUUGGCAAAAAUCUGUACAAAUUUAACAGUUUCUGGAAGAUAUAAGGGACUUUGACCCCAAAAAUCUGGUUUGUGAAGUGUAUCUAUGCAUGGAUUAUACACCAUAUGGUAAAUGCUGUGUAAUAAAAUAUCCUGCUGCAAGCAGUGUCAGACUAUUUUAUAACUGACUGGUAUUAAUUAUUUAUGAAAUUCUGUAGAAACAUGUGUUGUCCUUUUGUCAUGCAUAUACAAGUAAAAAAUAUACAUGUACCAGCAAUUAAUCUGAUCUGCAAGUACAAAAAUCGUUUGAGUGCUUGGAGCUAGGCAAUUCAUUUUAUGGACACUGUUGCGUAAUAAUUUGGCAGUCAAAAUGUUAAACUCAAAGGGUCGAUAUAGACCUCAUAGUAAUAAGCAAAGUUCUUUCAUUUGCAGUUUUUAUGUAAAAGUAAAUUACAUGCACAGGUAGGGCUAGCACUUUUUUCUUUUUUAAAGCUAUGCAAAUUUGCAUAAUUAUAUAUGCCAUUAUUACUAUGUGACAUCACAGAAUGACAUCACAUGAUGUAAACCAUAAGGAGUGACAAAAGAGAGAGAAAUACAUUUGGAAAGGGGAAAGGGGAAAAUUUUGUGAAUCGCAAAACAAAAAAUCUACUUAAAGUUUGAUUCUGCUGUUUAGAGCAGUGGUUCCCAAAUACUCUGUACAAGUCCAGGAUUUAGGAAUUACCCUGUUGUGUCUAACACUUUAGACACAACAGGGUAAUCCCUUAAUCCUGGUCUGUUAGGGGGUACUUGAGGACUGGGUUGGGAACCAUUGGUUUAGAGAUUCCUCUGCAGUCUGGUGAGAUUGAACUGCUGUUCUGAGUGCUCACGCAAUGGAGCCUGUCUGCGUCACAUCCCUUUCUGCGUCAUAGACAAAAUAUAAAUGUUACAGGGUUUAUUCACUAAACAUGAAUUACAAUUACAAUUGCAAAAUGUAGGUUAAACUAGCCAAGCUGUGACUAGACUGAAUUGGAGAAUUUUAUCAAAUCAACAGUUAUUUGUGUCUAGCAUGAACAAUGUAGUUUAUUGCACAGGCUGACUUUUGAAUGCAUUUAUUGUAGUUUAAAGACCUAUUACUGGAACCGUAUAACAGAGCUCCAUACCAAUAAUACUCACACACCAACCAUAUAAAGCUCCUAGAAAAGAGGGAUAUUAAGAUUAAAAAAAAAUGUGGGACAGAGAAAUUUAGACUCAAAAUAGGUACUGUCCCUCCUAAACAGGGACACCAGGGUUGUAUCGGAAAACAGAGCUUUUCUAAAAUUGGAGAACUGUGAAUUGUAGGAGAUUGUGCAAGGUCCUAAUACUAUUUGUGCAUGCUUUUUGCUUAAUACAAAAUGUCCAUAGCAGCUAAAGAGCUUCCCCCUCCUUCCUCCUCUUCAAGGAAUCUGCGUCCUCUGCAUGAAAAAAAAGAGGUAAAAUCGUGGCUUUAUUUUUCAAGGAUUUUGUUUGGCAUGGAAAAGCAAUUUGGAUCGAAACACGGUUUUCCCCUCACAAAGUACUCACCUUCUGCGUUCUUUCUUUCACGUUCUAUUCUUUUUGCUACCUUGGCUAAGUCAGCUUGAAAAUGUGCCCUCUAGCUCCCUUAGGCCUCUGCACCACAGCAAUGUUCUAUAGGCCCCUUCCAGUCAGCAGCUGGAUAACAAUUCUAAUUGUCACUUAGGUGGAGGUGAGCCUAUGUAUGUUUUCUUCAGAUAAGUGUGAGCUGGUUUAUAUACUUCACAUAAUAGGUUUAUAAACACUACCUCAGGGUUGAGCUUUAUAAAUAAUAUUUACCUUCCGCUGUGCCUCUAGGCCCUGAAUUCAAAGCAGGUAUGGCACCUUAGUAUGUCUCUGCAACAUAUGAAGGAGCUGCUUUUGAAGGAACACUCCCACCUACAUAGCAGUUUAUGUAACAGACGGAGAAGUGUCUGGGCACUAUCUUACCUUUAGGAGUUAAACCGUUUUGCAGACGUUUAACACCAAACACUAAUGUUGCGGUUCUGAAGAUCACCAUCAGUGUUUUAUUUAAGAAAGUAAUAAAUUAGUAGGCGUUCCUUGAAAAAUUGUCUUUUGUUGAACUGUGAUUUGGUCCAAAAAAGAACAUUUAGGCCUGUUAUGUUGGCAUAUCUUAGACUGAAACUUUCUCUAUUCUAAUGCAGGUGGAGAUGUGACUAUGACAGAUCUUCCACACACACUGUCACAGAUCAAAACCAAUGUGGCUGCCAAUCUCCCUGAUGACUAUCUCAAUAAAGUCCGUGCAUUGUCAUGGGGCCUUGACCAAGACAAGUUUCCACAAGACUUCGAUUACAUCCUAGGAGCUGACAUUGUGUACAUAGAGGACACCUACCCACUCUUACUUAGGACUCUUAAGCAUCUUUGUGGCCCUCAGACUACCAUAUACUUGUCCUCUAAAAUGCGUCCAGAACAUGGGACAUUGACCUUCUUCCAAGAUAUUUUGCCCCAACAUUUUGUCUUAGACAUUGUUCAGAGAGAUGAAGAAGAGGACAUAAAUAUCUACAAAAUUACACAGUCAUAAUUAAACUUCACUAGCAACAAAACGAGCAUCUUUAGAUGUGAAAACAAAUUCCAAAUCUUUCUUUACAGAUAAUCCAAUCUAUAUUUCAUGAAAUACUUAACUGCUCCUACGUGUGUGUGUGUGCCAUACACUUAGGGUGCCUUUACUAAAAAUUGUCAACUCUCCCAGUCAACAUGUAGAGGAGACUGCAAUCCUAUUUUUUUUUUUCCUUUUUGUUAUUGUGUUUAAUACAUGAUAGCCUGGGCGCUAUGGCUUUUGGGUGCCAAGCUUGAACGAAGUACUUUUCUAAAGAAUACUUUUGGUAUUGCUUAAAGAGGCGUUCACCUAUUUCUGAUCUAUGCUUGAGGUAUCUCACUCUCUAAAUUGAUAACGUAAGAAAUAUAUUUUUACACUUUGUAAUAUGUGCUUGGUUUUGGACCAAAUUGAUACAUACCGGAGGUUGGCUGUGCCUUUUCAUUUUCUAUUAAGUGACAUGCAAAAAAAAUAAAUUAAGAGCUCAAAUUGCUAAAAACUUAACUCUUCCUGCUUUUCAAUUCCAGCUUUUCCAUGUUGUGAUAUCUGCAGGGUGUUUAAUAAUCUUUCCUUGAAAUGAUUUAGAGUGGGCAGACUCACUUAAGAUGUCCAGUUAUGAAUAUAAACACAAGUCAGGUUAUCCAAGAAGUUUAAAACUGUUUCCUGUUUGUGUUUUAUGCUUUUAAUGUUGUACAAGUACAUGCAUGGAGGAUGCGAUGAGGCUUCUUAACAGUACUCAUUCAUACACCGUACCAACUUUGUUGAGGGAUUUGUUGAAAUCAUUUGAAAAUCUGCAGUUAUGACCAACUUUAAUUAGGGACACAGUGACUGAGGUCCUCGCUGUACCAUAACCAUGCAGGAUGUACUAGGAAUGUCACUUAUAGGUUGCAUAUGUUUUAAAAACCGCUUCAGAUCUAUUUGAUAAAAGUAUAAUGCCACUUGCACAGUAGACUGUACCUAGCACAAUACAGGAACACAAGAGAAAAGUUACAAAUGCCUUAAAUACAACAAUAAAUGUAUAUUCCAUAGACAAAAAGUAAAUCAAAAUCAAAAAGUUUGUUUUUUAAAAAUAAAAUUCUACGUUUACAAUCUACUUUGGCUAUAUGUUAUCUUAAAUAAUCUUCCUUAAUGAAGAUCAUAGAUGCCUAUACCAGUAACGUGUGCACCACUAAUUUCCAUUCAGUUACUCAUUAAUUUAUGAUGAUUCCAAUUUGUGAAUGAAUGUUUGUAGUGUGUUCCAAAGGGAAUUUAGGGAUAAUUCAUGCACAUGCAAACUGUCCAACAGAUUCUUUACAACUCAAACCGAUACCUUGUCUAUAAUCAAGAUGAGAAUAUUUGAUUUAACAUUAAUAUGAAGUGUGCUUUGAUAAAGAUGUGCCUUUUCUGAUGGACUGGCAACCCUAGUCCUCCUAAAGUACCACAAGUGGGAUUUUUUCCUCUGUUUCCCUUUCCUAAUCCUAGAUUGUAUCUACCACUUGACUUUAUAUUAAAGCAAUACUAUAGGGUCAGGAACACAAACAUGUAUUCCUGACUCUAUAGUGUUAAAACUACCAUCUGGAUCCCCUUGCCUCCCU